AUGGCUGCUUUCGGACACACAUUCCCCUUCUAUACUGGCCUCAAGCCAAUCUUCCCAAUGGACACCACCUUGGCCGUCCUCAUUGUGAUCUUUCUGACUGCGCUGAUCACCUUCAUCAUCAUCCUGCCUGGCAUUCGGGGCAAGAUGAGGCUGUUUUGGCUGCUGCGGGUAUUGACCAGCUUAUUCAUUGGAGCUGUGAUCCUAGCCGUGAAUUUCAGUUCUGAGUGGUUCGUGGGCCAGGUCAGCACCAACACAUCAUACAAGGCCUUCAGUUCCAAAUGGAUCAGCGCUGAUGUUGGGCUGCAGGUUGGGCUGGGAGGAGUCAACAUCACACUAACAGGGAUCCCGGUGGAGCAGCUAAAUGAGACCAUCAAUUACAAUGAGGAGUUCACAUGGCGCCUGGGUGAAAACUAUGCUGAGAAGUAUGCAAAGGCACUGGAGAAGGGGCUGCCGGACCCUGUGCUCUACCUGGCGGAGAAGUUCACCCCAAACAGCCCAUGUGGUCUGCAUGGCCAAUACCGCCUGGCAGGACACUACACCUCAGUCAUGCUCUGGGUGGCAUUCUUCUGCUGGCUGCUGGCCAAUGUAAUGCUGUCCAUGCCUGUGCUGGUCUACGGUGGCCACAUGCUGCUGGCCACAGGCAUCUUCCAGCUGUUGGGACUGCUCUUCUUCUCCACGGCCACAUCACUCACACCACUCUGUCACCUGCACCUGGGCACUGCUACGCUGCACACUUGCCACGGGUCUGCCUUCUGGAUCACAUUGACCACAGGACUGCUUUGUGUGCUGCUGAGUCUGGCCAUGGCAGUGGCCCAUAGGAUACAGCCCCAAAGGCUGAAGGCUUUCUUCAACCAGAGUUCAGGAGAGGAUUCUGCGCUGGACUGGAAUCCUGAAGAAGGGAGACUCCUGAGCCCUCGCUACCGGUCCACAGCCGAGAGUCCCGAGCCCCAGGACAUCCCUCUGUCAGAGGCUUCCUCAGAGGCAUGCUGUAAGAAGGAGCAUCCCAGAGAGCCUGACUGUACCCUGUAAGGUGGCCACCCAGACUUCCAGUCUGGUUCCAGAUCUCAUUGGAAUCUCAUAAACCUGACAGAACUGACAGCAAGAUGGGUUGUUUCAGGCCCCCAGCCCUAAUCUAUAGGUGGAGAGGAAGAAGAGGCUUUUCCUAUUGAUGUUAAAAAACAAAACAAAAAGCCCUAAUAUGCUAAACAGACAUUAGAGCUGUCCAUAAGCCCUGUCUCCAUGGUAAGACCAAGCAGAUGCUUCCUGUUUCUGCACAACAACCCUGCCCUCCCUUGAUGCCUUGCCUCUUUGAGGUGCCAUUUAUUGAAACUCAGCUUCAUUUACAUAAUGAGUGUGUGUGUGUGUGUGUGUGUGUGUGUGUGUGUGUGUGUGUGUGUGUUGGGGAGGUUACAGUUUGAUACCUGUAUAGUCUCCCCUAUCCUUUUUGUUUUCCUUUUUCUGGGUCCUUUUUGUUCUUCUUUUACUUCCCCAACUUGUGUGAUC